AUGAUUGUUCAGGUUUUUGAAAAGAAAGCUGACUUUGCUCUAGCCGAUUUGACCAUCACUGAAGAGCGAAAGAGAUUCGUUGACUUCACCGAGCCGAUCAUUGAGAAUCAACUUUCCGCGCUGAUUCGCAAGGAGGACGCCACCGGACUGACCACCAUGGAGGACCUGGUGAAGAGGAACCAAGAGGCGGCCAAGUCGACGCCUCCGGGGGCCAUUGUCUCUUACGGUGUAGUGAAGGGCGGCUCCACCUACUCCAGACUGUCUUCCACCACCGAUGAGGUUGGUCGGGAGAUCUUCAGUGCCCUUCGCCCUGAGUCGCUGAUGCCGUCGAUUAACAGCGGCAAGGAGAAGGUUGCUGCAGAAGGUGGCUUUGCCAUGAUUGUCGAGUCCACCAUGGCUGACUACAUUGUCGGCCAGAACUGCAACCUGACGGCACUGCCCGACACGCGCAACAUUCACCCGCGUCUGCAUGCCAUCGCCCUGGCCAAGGGCUCGCCGUACCUAGAGCCAAUCAACCAGGCCAUUCGCGAGCUGAAGGCCGAUGGAACUAUGGCAAGCUUGAAGGCAAAGUACUGGAAGAAAAACUGCUAG